UAUUGUGAAAUAGUCCCAUACAAGUUGGUGAAAAUUACAAACUUUAAUAACAAAUUACUAAAAAACUAUAAGGUUGCGCGCUUUAAAACUUUACAUACACCCCCUUUAGAACCCCCUCUACCCCCCUAUUUUCCUUAAUUCCGUAAUCGGGGGUUACCAUUCUAAAAUUUUCCCAAAAAGAAAAUGUGAUUAGUAUUGCCAUAAUGCAAAACGUGCUGGCUGGACCACACGAUAAAUCUGUUUUCGAACGAAACCUGAUUGAUGUGCGUCCUUUACCACAAGAAAUUCUGGAACACAAUGCAGCAUAUUACAAGGACACAACAUUACGGAAUUUCAACGAUACUGUGCUUGGCUAUGUAACAGCGUGGAACUCGCUUGGCUAUGAUGUGGCAAAGUGGUUUGCGCGAAAAUUCGAUAUCGUCUCGCCGGUGUGGUUUCAAAUUAUCAAAAAUGGUGAUAAAUAUAAAUUAGCCGGCACGCACAAUAUUGAUACGAAUUGGAUGCGAGAAGUGCGCCGGAAAGGUAAAAAUGAACGUGGCACUACAGUGAAAAUUUUUCCGCGAUUCAUUUUUGAUAAAUUCACCGAACGCGAUUUUUCGCGUUUACUGAGUUUGGAAAGUGAGAGGAUGCAGCUAAACGAAAUGUUGGUAAAUGCUUGCAAGAAAUAUGAAUUUGAUGGUUUAGUUAUAGAGUUUUGGACGCAACUAGGAGGGCGAGUAGACGACCAAUUUCUCAUAACAUUGGUGCAACAAUUACAUGAUGCACUUAAAAAAGAAAAUUUACGUUUAAUCCUUGUGAUACCCCCAUAUCGGCAAGAAGUUCCGAACUUUUUCACAGAAAGGCAUUUUAAUCAACUGUACAAGCAUGUGUAUGCAUUUUCUUUGAUGACGUACGACUUCUGGAAUGUGCAAAGACCAGGUGCAAACUCUCCAUUAUACUGGGUACGACAAUCAGUCGAGCUAUUGGCGCCUGCUAAAAGUCAUGAUGCAAAAACGAAAAGACGCAAAAUUCUAUUAGGUCUCAACAUGUAUGGCAAUGAUUAUACACCCGAUGGUGGUAGCCCAAUUGUAGCUGGACAAUAUUUGAAACUUUUGCAAUAUGCCAAAAAACGCUUACCUUUCGAUGAGUUGGAUGUCGAAAACUAUUUCGAAGUAAAAUCCGAAGAUGGCCGUCAUAUAGUUUUUUAUCCCAGUCUUUAUUCUAUAAAUGAACGCAUGAAACUUGCCAAAGAGUUGGGUACUGGCAUUUCAAUUUGGGAAUUGGGACAAGGCUUAGAUUAUUUCUAUGAUCUCUUUUAGUGCUAGUAUUUGUGUUAUUAGAGAAUACAUAUGUAUACGUGUGUAUAUAAGCAAUAUUUUUUGAUUAAGUAAAUUAGUACUUAUGUACGUACAUUCAUAUGUAUAACCAUUCCAAUUCCAAAAUAAUCCAGUGGAAAAUGAACAUUCCUGAUAAUAUUAUAAGCACCAAAUUAAAUCAAGAACAUGACAUGAGCAAGAAAUUGGAAAUUCACUAUUGAGCUAUUGAGCCUCUUUUUUGCAUACAUAUUUAAUAAAUUUAAGUACUUUUUCUUUAGUCGUCGAAAUAUUGUCUACACAUUUCUCGUUUUCUACGAAUCUGAAGUAAACGUUAUCAUAAAAUAAAAAAACCGUCAUUUUAAUUAGUUUCUUUAUUUGCAUUGUAUGUAUUGUAGAAAUAGGCUUAAAAACCUUUCAGUCUGGCUUAAAUUGAAACAUACACAUUCAUUGGAUAAUGGCAUGAAAGUAUAAAUAUAA